AUGACAGUCUUAAGUACUGGCAGAGGCAUUCAAGUGCUAAUACCAAGUGCUGAUCACACGUUCAAGCUUAACGUGCAGGCCCUGGAGAAACUCCUGCUCAGUGAUGAAGUGAAGGACCUCCCGGCCGUGGUGAUAUCCGUCGCGGGGGCGUUCCGCAAGGGGAAGUCGUUUCUGCUCAGUUUUAUCCUGCGAUAUUUGCACCAAAGAUAUAAUUUAAAAGUAACCGGCGGUGACUGGCUGGGGAGUCCCGAAGAACCCCUGGAGGGUUUCAGCUGGCGUGUUGGUUCUGAGCGUCAUACCACAGGGCUGCUUUUCUGGUCACAACCCUUUAUAGCCAAACUGGAGAACGGAGACAAGGUAGUGAUAUAUUUGAUGGACACACAAGGCACAUUCGACAGCGAGUCGACGUUGAAAGACAACGCCACGGUGUUCGCGCUAUCAGCAAUGUUAUCUUCCGUUCAGAUAUACAACGUCUCCCAACAAAUCGGAGAAGAUUAUUUGCAGUAUCUGCAGAUUUUUACAGAAUACGGACGACUGGCGCUUGAAAGUAAUACUGGGAAGCCGUUCCAGCGUCUUCAAUUUCUUGUCCGGGAUUGGUCUUUCCCGUAUGAUUACGCGUACGGCGCGGAGGGAGGCCAACGACUGCUGAAGAGGCUCCUUUCAAUUCACGAAAAUCAACAUCCUCAACUACAGUCUAUAAGGAGGCACGUUACUAGCUGUUUUGAGGAACUCAAAUGCUUUCUGAUGCCAUAUCCCGGAACCACCGUCGCUACUGAUCCAAACUUUAAAGGAAAACUUUCUGACAUCAACAAAGAAUUUAAGCAGUAUCUCGAAGAAUUCGUACCAAUGUUGGUCGCUCCCGAAAAUUUAAUUGUUAAAAAGAUCGCGGGAGAAACGGUGAAAGCGAAAGGCCUGUUGAUCUAUAUGCAGUCUUAUAUGAAUAGAUUCAGCGGGUCGACUUUGCCCGAACCUAAAACCAUGUUCCAGGCUACAGUAGAAGCCAACAACCUCUUAGCAGUAGCAGAAGCAAAGGAAAUGUACGAGACGCUGAUGGAAGAGGUGGCUGGUGGAUCGAAGCCCUACUUACAGCCCGUGUUACUGCAGAAGAAGCAUCGUCACGCGAGAGAUAGGGCUCUGCAAAUCUUUGACUCGAAAAAUAAAAUGGGUGGCGAUGAGUUCAGUGCGAGCUACAGGCAAAAGUUGAGAAAGGAGCUAGACGAGCAGUUUGAGCAGUACCGGCGGCACAAUGACAGCAAGAACGUGCUGCGGCGGUUGGGCACGGCGCUGGUGUUGCUAGCGCUGACGUUCGCCGCCUGGAUGCUGGUGGUUAUCUCGGAUAUACUGGACUUCACCGUGCUCAGCCUGCUGGCCAGCCUCCUCGCAUAUGGAGCCAUCGCUUUAUUACUAUUUUGGGCUUAUUCCAGAGUGACGGGCAACUUUGGAGAAUGGGCUCAGAUAUUGGACGAAAAAGCGGCAAUGAUUAUGAACAUGGUAAUCCCGCCACCGCUGCAGAUGGCCACGUCGGCGAUCAGCUACGCCGCAAUCAAAAAGGAAGCGUAGCGUUAAACCACAAUCUUUCAUUUCAAGUUGUCACUUGUUAUGCUGUACUUAAAAGUACCCAACGAUUUCAUGACAGUUUUUGCCCAAAAAUAUCUUAAUAACUACAGAAAAAUUGUAUUUAGUCUCGAUCAAAAACUAUUUUGUGUAUAAUUAUUAAGAUUAAAUAAUAUGUAUUAAUUAGCACUACACAUUAAAAUAUUUUUGAUUCCUUAUUUAG